GAACAGGACUGUUUGAUUGAUUCGAUAAAAUUUGUGACAUUACUUGUGUUUUGUAAAUAAAAAAUCUAUUCAUAUAAAUAUUAAUGACUAUUGUUUUGUUAAAGGAAAGCGAAACCUGUCAAAUGCAUUAUCGGACGACCGGAACAUGGUUUACAUCGUAUGUAACAUGUCUUUAAACAUAGCUCGUUGUUUCCGACGGACCAUUUCUAUUUUCACACAAAAUUUAAUAUAUUUGGAGACAUGACUUUGUGAACUUUUGAUCUUUUUGAUGUGGAUUUUGAUUUUAUCUAGCGCUUGGAAACUGUUCUAUAAAUCACAAUAAAAUUUGGGAUAGUGAACGUAUAAAUUGGAUAUAUAUUGACAUCGAGAGAUUUGGUUUUAUGAAGAUUGUGUUUAAGAGUUGAUGAUGGGAGCCAGUAAGCAACAAAUUGAUAUAGAGGGGGAUUAUGUGGUGUUGUGCGAGGAAGGGUUACAGUUUAGCACGUGCUCGGAUCCGGAGAAACCGCCCAUUAAACCCAGGAACCGACGGAAGAUGGCGUCAGAAAAUCCAGUAGCUGAGAUUGAAAUUCCCAUUUGGGUGAAAGGAACGCAAAAAUGGGUGACAGGCCUCACAAAGCGAACCACGUGCGAUGACGUCAUUUACGCUCUCAUGUACCAAGAGGGGCUACAUGAACAUGUUAAUACGUCGGCGUACGCCAUAUUUGAAAAAUGGCGGGAAGUCGAACGUCCAUUGCAAGGACGAACUAAAAUAGUGAAAGUGUGGCGAACUUGGGGCGCUGAGCAAAGUAAUGUACAUUUAUCUAUGCGCAGAAUGGACGAACUAGAAUACAGUGGUGAAUUUUCUUUAACACGUCGUAAAAAGAGAUCUCGUCAUAAAUUACGUGAACGAGAACGUGACCGAGACCGUGAACGCGAGAGAGAACGACGUCCACGUGAACAUCGUCAUCAUCAUCAUUAUUGUCAAAAUGCGUCUGACAGACUCAGAUCUAUGGAGACGCUUGUAAAACUAGUCAUUUCACAAGAACGUAAAUUGAAAGAUAUGAUUGAACAUGAGGACGAUACUGACAAACUGAUUGACAGGUAUGAGUCAAGACUACAUUCAAAAAGAUUAAAACAAAAUGGUGAUGAAUAUGUAAAAGAUGUUUAUUUAGACGGUCAGUAUGAGGAUACUAUGGACGAAUUCUUUUCGAACGCUAAUAUAGACGAGUUAGAAACCUACGUUAGUUAUUGUGAUAAGAUACUCGAAAUGGAAGAUCAAAUCAAAAAUGAGCACUCAAAGAUCGAGGACUUAGCUUAUCAAAUUCAAACUUGUGCAAACGAAAACAAUACGUCUGAACCUGCAGCGGAAAAUAAUCAGGAAGAUAUUACAAAAGUUCAAGUGGAUUUAAACCGUGCUGUUUCGUGUGCAAUAAUGCAACAAUACAAAUUUCAGGAUUUACAAAGAGAACUUCAGUUUUACGACGAAAAGCUUACAGACAGGGAAGAGAUUUAUAAACGUCUCCAGUCUGAACUUUCUGAACUAGAAGAUAGUCAUUUGAAAUCAAAUGAGUCUUUAGAUAGUGCUGCUAGUGUUAAUAGUUCUGAUAGUGCAGGAUCGAACGGUAUCCUUUCGAAUAACCCUUUACCACUACCUGAACGAACAAACCGUGUUCAAAACCAAUCUAAUAACUCACUUCCGCCUCCAAUUCCAGAAAGAACUCGACCGAAAUCGGAACUAGAAAAUCGAAACUACCCACCUCAUUUAAAUAAUCAACAAUCAAAAGAAACUAACCAGACAAGGGAACAUGUUCCUGAAAGAAAACCAAUUUUAAAAACAAGUACCUCUGAUAAUAGAAAUGGUUUUAAUUUACCGUAUAAACAAACACAUAGUGGUGAAACUAAAGUUAGAUUUAAAACAGAUUGCUUAGUUGACAAGUACAGUUGGGAGGAGUCUAGUCUUUCAGAAGGAAUCAGUAUUGACCAAUCAGAUUGCUCGGACUCGAAAGACCUUUUUGAUUAUGUUUCUAGGACAUCUGACUAUUCUCAUUUUAAGACAGGUGUUGCGGAUAAACCAUACCUAACUGUGAAAGUGGAAGACAAUGAUUCUAACUCGGAUACUGGCCUUAGUUCAAUGCACAGUGAUGACUCGGCGGUGUAUCAUUUAGAAACAUUAGUGUGAUAUAAAUCGAGCUGAUUUAGAUAUUCGGUUCAAGUAUGUACCUCAGCGGUAAUCGGUUAGAAAUAUUUGUAGAACGAAGACGAAAGUGGGAUAUAAGUAUUAUGUCUAUCUCGCAGGAUAAAUUGUUAAAAUCAGUAAAAAAGAACGUUAACUACUUUUCUAACAAACAAAACACACGCAUUUUUUGUCUAUUUCGCGGAAGUAAUUUAUUCUGCGUCACGCUAAGAAAUGGACA